CUUCGUCGUUUCACAUCCCGAGGAUUUUGUUCAGGCGAACGGACGAGGAUAUUUCAAUGGAAGUGAUGCCACGGAGGUUGCACUAGUGAUCUCCAUAUGAUGCGCUAAUGAUCGUUGUGUGGUUGUAGCCCAUGUGCUUGCCAGGAAUUGACUUGGGUCUGUUGGCCAGAACAACGGUAUUCUUGGUGAAGCAUUCUUCGGCAGCUGAUGUUGACGACAUAAUGAUGUUAUACCAGACCAGAAAACACGCAAGGCUAAGUUCCGAGAUCACCGCACUUCGGUUGCGGAACUCAGAGCUUGCCGCACCUCGGCAUUUCGCCGAGACAAGCGACCCUGUGACCGCUCAACUCAAUGCCAUGCAACAACAAUUCGGGGUCUUCCAGCUAGUACUUGCUCAGCUGUUAGCCAGAGAUAACCCCGUUGACCCACUCAUUCACUUGUUGAACCCAGCCCCCCCCGUGGCUCCCCAACCAGUUCAACAGCCUGCUAACUCCCCGGUCCGCAGUGUCGCCCCGACCGCUUCUCAAGCACAGUCUCACAUACCACCCCAUCCACAAAACCCACCUCAAUCAGGUGCCUCAGAUGUCUCAAAGAGGCUAAAUAACCUAGAAAAGCUGUUAACCGAGAACAGAAAUCCACAACCGCAGGUUCCACAUAUAUCAACCUCCAUCCCCACUCCCCUCAAUACCAAAAUCACCCAAGAGCCAUAUCCACCCGGCUUCAGGAUGCCGCAGUUUGAAACAUAUGACGGCACUAAAGAUCCUGAUGACCAUCUACAUGCAUUUUUCUCCAUCAUGCAGGCCCAAAACGCCUCAGACGCACUUAUGUGCAAAAUGUUCCCUUCCACAUUGCGCGGCAAUGCCCGGACCUGGUACUACACCCUACGUCCGAACUCGAUUAAUGCGUAUGCCGAGCUAGCCACCUCCUUUGCCACCAAAUUCUCAAGCAGAAGGUUGAUCAAAAAGACGACACCCGAGCUCAUGCGCAUAACACAAAGAGAAGGCGAAUCUUUGAAGAACUACAUGAACAGGUUCAAUGACGCCAUGCUGGAGGUCAAUGCCUUCGAUGAAGCAGUGGGAGUAACUGCUGUGAUACAAGGCCUCAACCAUGAUCGGUUUCGAGAUAACUUGAUCAAGAACACCCCAACCACUUUUGACGAAGUCAACCAGAGAUCCCUCAAAUUCAUUAAGGCCGAGGAGUACGUCCUCUCUAAACCCCAGCCCCCCAAAGAAGCUAGAACCCCCACCUGGAGAGAUGAAAGCCAGAGCAGGAAGAAGUUCAAACCCACACAGAACCGAGGCCCAAUUCCGGUUCCUAAGCUAGAUAGGCCCAGCUCCAGCACCCCGCAAAUGCGGCCUGCGCCGCCCUCAUGGACCUCCUUCACAAUUCCGAGGUCGCAAAUUCUCAUGCAAAUUAAGAAUAAGAUGGAGAUGAGGAGACCAAACCCCAUACAAAGCCCAGCGGCAAGCAGAGACCACACCAGAUACUGUGACUUUCAUCAAGACCAUGGACAUACCACGGAAGAGUGCAAAAAACAGGGACAAGCCCAGGGGUCCCGAGCACCAAAUAGCAGAGAUGGGGUAGGGUACCAACAAGCACCGCCACCUCUGCCACCCCCAUCUAGAGUCAUUCACAUGAUAACUGGUGGGCCCGAAGCAGGAGGCACAAGCUCCAAGCAGCAAAAGCUGUACGUGAGGGAGGUUAAACACCACAACACAGCUCAGAAAAGAAAGAUUGACGAGGAGGAUUGGAAAAAUCAGUCUGUGACAUUCACUUCGGCUGACUUCGAGGGGGUUGUCAUGCCCCAUAACGACCCAUUAGUCACCUCGGUCAUCAUCAACAACUGCGAGGUUCAGCGAGCGCUCAUCGAUACCGGCAGUGCUCCAGAUAUAAUGUAUUACCAUUGCUUUGAGAGCCUCGGACUCGACCCGGCUCUCCUACAAAAGUAUGACGGGCCCAUUUACGGGUUCAACAAUCAGCCGGUACCUGUGGAAGGAAUGCUACGACUCAAUGUGGCGUUCGGCUCCGGACGGACGUACGUCACACCCUCAGUCAGAUUCCUGGUAGUGAGGAUGCCUUCAUCUUUCAACCUCGUCAUCGGGAGGCCGACUUUGACUGAGAUUCGGGCUAUAGUGUCCCCGCCCCACCUCUGCAUGAAAUUCCCUACCCCGAUGGGGAUAGCAACCUUACGAGGCAACCAAGAGGCGGCUAGGCACUGCUACAUGACCUCCGUCGCGAGGUCACGAAGAAAUAAGGAAGUAGCCCCAUCACCAGAGGCACCCCAACCAGAGGCCCCAAAUACCCAACAGGUAAUGGGUGUAGAGCUGCCAGAUAACAGACCAGAGGAUGACCCGAGAGCCACCCCGGUCGAGGAGGUCGAAGAGGUGCAACUUGAUGAUAAUGACCCAUCCAAGAAGACUCAGAUCGGCACGAAGCUAACUCCCACAGAAAAAGAAGAACUUGUGGGCUUCCUAAAAGCAAACAAGGAUGUGUUUGCAUGGACCUCGGCUGACAUGCCUAGAAUCCCAACUUCGGUGGCAGUACACAAACUCAGCACUAAUCCUUUGAGGAAGCCAGUAGCACAAAAGAGACGGCUUUUCGGGGGGGAAAGACUCACGGCCAUUAAGGAAGAGGUGCAGAACCUCUUGCAAGCAGGGUUUAUCAGGAGAGUAGAUUACUGCGAAUGGAUUGCCAACCCUGUCAUGGUAAAAAAGUCAAACGGGAAGUGGCGCAUGUGCAUUGAUUAUACCAACCUCAACGACGCCUGCCCUAAAGACUGUCAUCCCAUGCCGAGCAUAGACAAGCUGGUAGAGGCCGCCUCAGGGAAUGAGAGGUUAAGCCUCUUGGAUGCUUACUCGGGGCUCAUCAAAUGGGCAGUAGAGCUGGGAGAGUUUCAGAUAGCAUUCCAGCAGAGGUCGACAAUCCGAGCCCAAGCCUUGGCAGAUUUCGUGGUCGAAUGCACUUCUAAUCAGGUGGAGCCGAAUUCUGAAGCAGAAACGUGGACCCUGUAUGUCGAUGGAUCAUCUAAUAACAAGGGUUCAGGAGCUGGAGCAGUGUUAACUGGACCUGACGGCUUCCGGAGUGAACACGCUUUGAAGUUCAACUUCCAGGCCACAAACAACGUGGCCGAGUAUGAAGCCCUCCUCCUGGGACUACGUCUGGCGGCCGAGAUCAAAGUCAAACGCCUGCAGAUUUACAGUGACUCACAGCUGGUAGUUAACCAAAUCAAUUCUAUGUGCGAAGUCAUCGAUCCCAUCCUGGCAAGAUAUGUGGUUGCAGUCUCCGAGCUGAAAAACCGUUUCGAAAAAUUCCAGCUUACCAAAAUUCCGAGAGCAGAAAAUGAGCAUGCGGAUUCCUUGUCGAAAUUGGCAUCUGAGAACUCUAGGGAAGCAAAGUCUGUGUACAUCGAGAUACUGAAUGAACCAAGCUUUCAAACGUCGGGGGUAAUGGAGAUUAGCACUGACCUAGGUGCUCCGAGUUGGACAGACCCCAUCCGGGAGUACCUCCUCAAUGGCACCGUCCCGGGGGACAAACAGGAAGAGAUGAAGUUACGAAGAAAAGCCUCUCGGUAUACCCUGGUUGGCGACAUCCUGUACAAGAGGUCCUACUCGUUACCACUCCUCAGAUGCCUGACACCAUAUGAAGCAGAGUAUGCACUAAGAGAAGUACACGAGGGGGUAUGCGGUAAUCACGUGGGAGCCCGGACUCUGGCACAUAAGCCAGCCGAAGAACUCACCAGCCUGACUGCACCAUGGCCCUUUGCUCAAUGGGGAAUAGACCUUCUGGGCCCCUUCGUCAAAGCAGUAGGAGGAGCAACGCAUUUGGUGGUCGCUGUUGAUUACUUUACCAAAUGGGUAGAAGCCAGACCUCUCUCUUGUCUGACUUCGAGAAGAAUUGAGGAUUUCCUCUUCAGCUCGGUCAUCUGCAGAUAUGGGAUACCAAACCAGAUCAUCGCUGAUAACGGCCCCCAGUUCAAUUGUAACUCCUUCAGAGACUUCUGCUCCAACUACGGGAUUAAGUUGGUGUUCACCUCCGUCUACCAUCCCGAGGCCAAUGGAAUGGUUGAAUCAGUCAACAAAGCUAUCUUGGAAGGAAUCAAGUCGAGGUUAGAUCAGCUGAAAACAAAGUGGGUAGAUGAACUUAACAACGUCCUGUGGGCUUACCGGACAACAAGCCGAACUGCCACAGGCGAAACACCCUACCACUUAGCCUUCGGCACUGAGGCAGUCAUUCCUGUCGAAAUUGGUGUCCCGAGCCUAAGAAUCAGCCACUUUGAGCCAGCUCAAAAUGAGCGUCUGCUAAGGGAAAACCUUGAUUUCCUGGACGAAGUCCGAGAGCAAUCCCGACUUCGGACUUUAGCAUACAAACAAAGGAUAGCCAACCUUUACAAUAAGCGGGUCCGACCUCGAAACUUCAGAGUCGGUGACCUCGUCCUCAGAAAAGCUGGGCUCACAGGGUUCGAGACCCGGUAUGGCAAGCUAGCACCAAACUGGGAAGGCCCUUACAUUGUAACCGAGGUCCCGCACCCCGGUGCAUACAUCCUCCAGGAUGCCGAAGGCAAAAGGGUGCCUAGAGUUUGGAACGUCAACAACCUUAAAAAAUUCCACCCUUGAAAGUCCCUUUCUUUGUUCUGAGUUAGGAGUCUUUGUAAAUAACAUUCCAAUACAAUU